AUGUCAGAUGUCAUACCUCUACCUCUUGAACUGUUGAUCGACGUCCUCACUAGACUGCCGAUCAAAACCCUCGUUUGCUGUGCUUGUGUCUGCAAAUCAUGGCACAAUUUGGUCACAAGCCCUCGUUUCAUCACCACUCACCUCAAUCGAUCAUCUCUUGCUAACAACAGCAACCUUCUACUAGUUCGAAGCUGCUCUAAUGAUGACAAGGAAGAGAAUUACUCACUACUAAGUUGCGAAAAUGAAAAGUUCUGUGAGUAUGCAGAGUUUGAGCUUCCAAUCGAGAGAUACGAGAACCCUUAUUUGAGGAUAAUCGGUACCUGCAAUGGGCUCGUUUGUCUUUCCGAUGAUUCUGUUUGUUACAUGUUCGAUAUUUAUCUAUGGAAUCCCUCGAUUCAGAAGAUGGUGGCCCUUCCGCCGGUACGUCUCACCUUUGAAUCAUACGGUGAUUUAGUGCAUAGCAUGGGAUUCGGCUUCGAUUCGCUGACCAAUGACUACAAGGUUAUCAGGAUUGUGUAUUUCGAAGGACCCUUUGGUUGUCAAUCUCCUCCGGAGGUUGACAUUUUCAGUCUGAGCACAGGCAUAUGGCGGAACAUCAGCCAUUUGGGUCUUCAAUAUACCAUCUACCCACGGGCUCCACAGGCUUUUCUGAAUGGGGCGGCGCAUUGGCCUGCAUAUGAUUGGAGAAGGAGGGGCAAUUUGAUCGUGUCAUUCCACAUGGGAGAUGAAGUAUUUGGCGAAAUGAUGGUGCCCGAUAGCUUGGUUCAUCACAACUGGCUGCAAGGUGUUCGUGUUGCUAAGUUUCAAGAAUGGCUUGCUCUGAUCCAUAUCAAGCGUACUGAUGACAAUAAUACUUGUUGCAUAUGGGUGAUGAAGGAGUAUGGCAUACCAGAGUCUUGGACUAAACUAUUUAGUAUUGAUAUGAGUGGGGGAUUAUUCACUAAUGUAGCCGGCUUUACUAGGAAAGGCGAAGUUCUAUUUGGGACAAAAGACGCGUAUCUGGUAGCUUAUGAUCCUGAAGUGGAACAAGUAAAACAUCUUCAUGUUCGGGGGUCUACAGAUUCAUGGUAUAGGGACUCAUUUUAUGCAGAUGCUUUUACUGAGAGCCUAGUUUUAAUUAGAGAAAAAGAGCCACCUGUUUUGCAUGGAUAA